AUGCAGUCAAACAGCGCGCCAGUGUCGUACGGGGCCCAGCUGCGGGCCUCGAUGCAGACGCUUCGCGCAAACGACACCCAGUUUGAGCAGUUUACGCGCGGCCUUGGGGCGGUGCUGCAGCAGUGGACUGCUCUGCAGCUCGUGGCCCAGCACUGUGACAGCCGCGCCCCUGCUGUGCUGUACGAGGAUUUGUGCGCCUGGCACAAGCACGACGGAGAGGUGUACGUGGAUGACAUGGAGGUGUACUUCGAGGAGUUCUUCGACAACAUUCGCUCCGCCCGCAUCGAGGAUGAUAGCAUGCAGGAGGUGGGGACGGUGCUGCACGACAUGUACUGCCGCUGCUGCCUCAACGACUUUAGCUUGGUGGAGCACUACCUGGAGACGCUGGCGAUGUAUGUGCAGACAAACCCGGUUGCCAUGUCCGUGAAUGGCGGCACUAACGAAAACCUUGAAGACGAUGCCGAGGAGGACGCCGAGUUGGGCGGUGAUGCGGUUUGUGAGGAGGGCGUGGACAAUGAGGAUGAGGAGUCGGAACCAAUGCAGGCCCCGACACCGAAGGCUCCGCAACAGCCACCACAGCCACCACGCCAUCAGCAGCAGCCUCAGCGCAAAAAGCGCAAGAACACUUCGGUUCGAUCCAGGGAUGGCUGGAACAUUGUUCAGUAG